UAACGCUCUCUAGAAACUCUAUCCCAAUCUCUACUUCUUCACUGUUCCAAUUAACCGACUCUAAUGCUCUCUAGAAACUCUAUCCCAAUCUUCACUUCUUAACUGUCCCUUUCCUUUCCCUUUCCUCGCUCACUCACACACUCUCUAGAGACAUGAAAUCCUCUCGCAAACCUCGAUUCUUCUCAUCAUGUACCACCACCACCACCACAGUCACAUACACUUUCCAAAACGACCACCCAAAUCCUCAACCCCAAACCCUAGCCACCGAAAUCCCACUCCAAUCGUCCACCUCCGCUGCCGCCGCCACCGCCACCGCCGCCGCCGUUAAGAUACAGUCGGUGUUCCGAUCCUACAUAAUCCGGACCCUCGUGAAGAAGAUCUCCGCCGUCAAUUCCGAAGCGACAAACCUCGAGCGCCUCAUCCAACGGCAGGAGACGGUCGACGCGAUCAGGGGGGACCCACGGGAGAGGAUCAGGAUGAACGAGGCACUGAUGGGGCUGUUGCUGAGGCUGGAUUCGGUGCCAGGGUUUGAUCAGACGGUGAGGGAGCUGAGGAGGCACGUGAGCCGCCGGAUCGUGGGGAUGCAGGAGAUCUUGGACGCCAUAUCAGACGCGAGACUAGAGGAUUCUCACUGGGAUGGGAAUUGGUGUGGGUUUAUGAGGUAUUGGGACGACGUCGUUGGGAAGAUGGAAGAAGAGGUAUGUAGAGAGAGAGGUGGGCAUGAAAUGGAGAGGUUUUGUGCUGAGCAUCUGGGAUUUCGGUGCUUGCAAAGAUUUCUUCGUGACCAAUGAUACUCUAUUUUUAUUUUUUUUUAAAAUGUAAAAUAAUUAUAGUUUGAAUGUAUUAUUUUAUUUUAUUUUA